UUUGUUGCGAAGAAGUGAAGUGUUUUGUGGUGUUUCGUGUUCAAAGUUGAUCGUACCCUCAGAUCUGCUUGCUGAUCGUAUUUUGCCAACAUGACCGACGUCCAGGAUAUCAUGUCAUCGCUUCCAGAUGAUAAAAUCGAUAUGAUUGCUGCGACCAGCGUUUUGCAGCAACAGGCCGGGGACAUUCGUCAAACUAAACCGAACUGGUCUUCUUACAUGCAAUCGCAAAUGAUUUCCCAAGAAGACUACGCUUGCGUCAGUUUUUUGGACAAAGAUAAGAAGGCUCAAGCCCAGUACUUGCAGGAAAAUCCUGCACAGUGUGCUAAAACGUUGCUCAACAUGCUCUCGCAUGUGUCGAAGGACCAGACGAUCCAGUACAUGUUGGUGUUGAUAGAUGAUCUUUUGCAGGAGGAUCGGUCGCGCGUACAGAUCUUCCACGAUUAUGCCAAUAAGAAGAAAGAGAGCGUCUGGGCUCCGCUCUUGAAUCUGCUCAAUCGACAGGACGGUUUCAUUGUUAAUAUGGCUUCUCGUGUUGUCGGCAAGCUGGCCUGCUGGGGCCAAGAGCAGAUGCCGAAAUCCGAUCUGCACUUCUAUUUGCAGUGGCUGAAGGAUCAGCUGACCGUUGCUGCUCGAAAAUUAUUGCAUGAAAUGGAAGAGGCGGAAAAAAAGCGACUAGCAGAGGCGGCCGCUUCGCACCAUGGCCAUCACGGACAUGGACACCUGUCGCAUCAUGCAGAGGCGCAGCAUCAGAACAGUCAUCAUCAUCAGAUAGCCGAGCGAUACCGUGAAAUAUCCAGUGCAAUCGACGAUCCUCAGAGAGGUUCUUCGAAGGAAGAUCUACAUGUGACUUUAACGAACAACGAAUACAUUCAAUCGGUGGCCCGUUGCCUGCAAAUGAUGCUGCGUGUGGAUGAGUAUCGUUUUGCGUUUGUUACUGUAGAUGGAAUAAGUACACUAAUUAGUAUCCUUUCGUCAAGGGUCAAUUUUCAGGUUCAGUAUCAGUUGGUGUUCUGUCUGUGGGUGCUUACGUUCAACCCAUUGCUGGCAGAAAAAAUGAAUAAAUUUAACGUAAUUCCUAUUCUGGCUGACAUCUUGAGCGACUGCGCGAAGGAAAAGGUGACCCGUAUCAUCCUUGCCGUUUUUCGCAAUCUGAUCGAAAAGCCAGAGGACUCCCAAGUGGCAAAGGAACACUGCAUUGCCAUGGUACAGUGCAAGGUAAUGAAACAGCUGACGAUUUUGGAACAACGUCGUUUUGAUGAUGAAGAUAUUACUGGAGACGUCGAAUUCCUGACGGAAAAGUUGCAAAAUUCAGUACAAGAUUUGAGCUCCUUUGACGAAUACGCUACAGAGGUAAAGAGCGCACGUCUCGAGUGGUCCCCGGUGCACAAAUCGGCCAAGUUCUGGCGUGAAAAUGCUCAACGCUUGAACGAGAAGCAAUAUGAAUUAUUGCGUAUUCUCGUUCAUUUGCUUGAGACUUCUAAGGACCCUCUGGUCUUGUCGGUUGCCAGCUACGACAUCGGAGAGUAUGUUCGUCACUACCCAAGAGGCAAACACGUUAUUGAACAACUAGGAGGCAAGCAGUUGGUUAUGCAAUUGCUCGCGCACGAGGAUCCUAACGUUCGUUAUGAAGCUUUGUUAGCAGUGCAGAAAUUAAUGGUGCACAACUGGGAAUAUCUCGGCAAGCAGUUGGAAAAGGAGAAUGAGAAAGCUCCGCAGGGCAGUGCUCCAAUCAGCGGAAAAGCCUAAUUGUUCAAAUAGAUCUACAAGCAUGGCAAUACAUAUAAACAUACGCGAUUAUACACCGUUGUAGACACGAGAAAAACGCAUUCCAUUCUUGGACAAAUUUGAUUAGGCGAUAUUGCGAAAACAAGAGCGAUAUAAAAGUAGAUAUAAUCCAACAGCCGACAACAACGCUUGCGCCAUGCUGUUGUGUACGUAUUCAACACGUGUGUAAAUAAAGUAUUCUCUGGCAAUUAUAUUAAAACACCCUCCCAGCAUAACAUCAGUUCUGAUAGGGCACAACCUGAAGGGUGUUUAAAAAAUUGUUGUUAGAUUUGUACCGAUUUAUUUGCCCAACUAAUAACUUUUCUUCGAUGUAUUAUUAUUCCAAGUGUUAUGUUUUUGUUUCUUCUAUUAAAGCUUAUUCAACAGCUUUACUUCACUCGUCGUAUUAGGAAUAAGAGAUCGUUUUCCUUAAAAUGCAACAUACAUAGAACAACUUCCGCAA